UCCCUAGACUUGCAGGCUCCCCGCCCACCCCACCCCCAGCUGAACCAGUUGUGCAGGAGGCACCAACAACAGGGACAGACUGGGGCGUCGAUGCCCAGAUGUGGCAUAAAGAACGGGGGAGGCACAGUGGUGUCCCCUCAGUGGGCGGCCUGGUGGCCUCGCCCGGACUGCAUAGGUGCAAGGGCCCAGGAGGUGCUGCGAAGCUGCCCGCUGACCCCCGUCUCCCCCCUCCGCAGCCAUGUCCUACCCAGUGACCAGCCAGCCCCAGGGUGCCAGCAGCUGCUACCAGACCCAGCCCUGUGACUGGAACACCACUCUCAUGGACUGCUGCAAUGACAUGCCCAUCUGUCUGUGCGGCACUUUCGUCCCUCUGUGCCUCGCCUGCCGCAUCGCCGACGACUUCGGCGAGUGCUGCGGCACUCCCUGCCUUCCCGGAAGCCUGAACUCCCUGCGCACCGGCAUGCGCGAGCGCUACCACAUCCAGGGCUCUAUCGGGAAAGACUGGGCGGCCCUCACCUUUUGUUUGCCCUGCGCCCUCUGUCAGAUGGCGCGGGAACUGAAGAUCCGAGAGUGAAGACGUUCCCCUCACCCUUCUCCUUUUCCACCCGUCACGCCUGCCCUCCUCCGCCUUCUCUUGGGAGGUCCUAACCCUCCGCCCUAUCCCGCCACCAGAA